AUGCAGGCGGCGCGGCGGGCGCUGUGGCCGGGCUGUGAGCGGCGGAGGAUGAAGGUGCUGGUGGCGGCGGCGGCGCUGGGCGCUGCCCUCCUGCUCCUGCUGCCCGCCGCCUCGCGGGCCGACGAGCGCAAGAAGGGGCCCAAGGUCACCGCCAAGGUGUUCUUCGACCUGCGGAUCGGUGAGGAGGACGUGGGCCGCGUCGUCAUUGGGCUAUUUGGCAAGACGGUGCCCAAGACGGUGGAGAACUUUGUGGCAUUGGCCACCGGAGAGAAAGGAUUCGGCUUCAAGGGCAGCAAGUUCCACCGUGUGAUCAAGGACUUCAUGAUCCAGGGAGGAGACUUCACCCGUGGAGAUGGCACUGGAGGAAAAAGUAUCUAUGGGGACCGCUUCCCCGACGAGAACUUCAAGCUGAAGCACUACGGCCCUGGCUGGGUGAGCAUGGCCAACGCUGGCAAGGACACCAACAGUUCCCAGUUCUUCAUCACCACUGUGAAGACGCCGUGGCUGGACGGCAAGCACGUGGUGUUUGGCAAAGUGCUGGAGGGCAUGGACGUGGUGAGGAAGGUGGAGAACACUAAGACAGACAGCCGGGACAAGCCCCUGAAGGACGUUGUCAUCGCCGACUGCGGCACCAUUGAGGUGGAGAAGCCAUUCGCCAUCGCCAAAGAGUAAUCUACCCUCACAGCUCUGUGACACAGCGCAGGGCCCCACGCCCUGCAAGGGACCCGUCCGCAAAGGGCUGCGGGCCUGGGGCUGCCCUGCUCCCCCCCUGAGCAUUUCCCUGUUGUCCCGGGGCAGGUGAGCAGCAGCAGAGCCGCUGUGCCCCGCUGCCCGGCCUCCCCCUCCACCCUGCCGCCUUCCAGCCAGCCAGCGGGCAGGACGGGGCGCUGGCUCCUCUUCCCAUCACUUUUGUAAGAAGCACAUGCACCAAUAAAUGUGACCAAUGUGUUUUUUAAAGAGUCGCCUCUCCUGCUCUCGGAAGGGUGCAGAUCAUUCAGCAUCCCUCAAACGGGUGCAUCCCUCAACCCUCCAACUCCCUUCUUUCGCCUUUCAUCAAGCCGAGAGUGGC